AUGCAGUUCUCGUACCUUGCCACCAUUCUGCUCCUGGAGCUUACCACGGCUAGUCCUAUGCCUGAGCCUGUGCCUGAGCCUGAACCUCACUUCCCCAGCGUUCCUGUCACCUUCAGCGCUGCCGCCAAUACUGGCUACACAUUGUAUGUUGUCGCGAAUAACCAGUUCGUGGAGACCAAGAACGAUCUUAGCAUCACCUCCAUCUCUAUGGAAGGGCGUGCCAGCUUUACUUGCACGGCUUACGGGAUUGACGGCAGCGUCACUAAACUCGUUGCCAAUCAGAAAAAUAUCCCUGUGGGGCCACCCCAGACCCAGCUCCGCGUUUCCUGCUCAGCUCCUCCCCAAUACCACUAA